AGGGGGGAAAAAACCCUGUCGGUGUCAUCCCCCCGCGUCAGGGCCGGUGGUGGGCGUGAGGCUGUACUUCCCCCGCCCCCUCCUAAUGGAGCGAACCAUUCCCAGCUAGUCCUCCUCGCCCUCUCCCUCUGCCUCCCUCUUUCUCUCCUUCUCCUCUUGUCUCCCCCCGCCUUGUCUGCAAAGUCCUCCGCUGCUCGGAACUUGUUGGCAAUGCCUAUUUUUCAGCUUUCCCCCACGUUCUCCAAAGUAACUAUUUAAAGAUCUGCAGCCGCAAAUGGUUUUACUAAAUGUAGGAUGGGACUUAAGUUGAACGGCAGAUAUAUUUCUCUGAUCCUUGCUGUACAGAUAGCGUACCUGGUGCAGGCGGUGAGAGCGGCGGGGCGGUGCGAUGCGGUCUUUAGGGGCUUCUCGGACUGUUUGCUGCGGCUGGGCGAUAACAUGGCCAACUACCCGCAGGACCUGGACGACAAGAGAAAUCUCCAAACGAUCUGCGCGUACUGGGAUGAUUUCCACGCCUGCACCCUCACAGCGCUCACCGAUUGCCAGGAAGGAGCGACAGACCUCUGGGAGAAAUUGAGACGGGAAUCCAAAAACCUCGAUUUCCAAGGCAGCUUAUUUGAACUGUGCGGAGGCGGCAGCGGCGCGGCACCGUCCCUCCUCCCGCCGGCUUUGCCCCUGCUCCUGGCGGCUCUGUGGGCUGCACUAGUGACCUGGCUGCCUUUCUAGAGAGGGCGAGCACACUCACACCCACACCUUCUCCAUGUGCUGGAUCUAUAGAGGAAGUGUCCAUCCGUUGCUUUGGGGACGUUGUGCUUUUCUGUGGUUGAUGAUGAUGGUGGUGGUGGUGGCUGAUGAUGGUGAAACACCCAUGUAAGGACUGUGGAAGCGUUCUCUUUUCUUUUCUUUUUUCUUUUUUCUUUUUUUUUUGUGUUUUAUUUGCCAAAUGUUACCAAACAGGCAGCGGCGCAGCAGCCCAAAUCGGACCUCAGCUUUACUAUCGCUUCGAAUCAAAAAAAUAGAACAAAAAAAAAAAAAAAAAAAGAUACAAACUCGAGCCCUCGUUGUGCAAAAGCAAUCUCAGGAACGGCUCUGGGCCACCUAAUGCUAAGGUUGUAAUCGGCCGGGAUACCUCUCGGCAGGCCACGGGCUCCUCUAAAAAUGUGGCAGUGUGCGAGGCGAGAACAAAACCGCAGACAAAAAAAAAAAAAAAAAAAAAAAAAAAGGCACUGGCGAUGAAUCCAGGGCAGAUGUCCACGUGUGAAGCAUAUGGUGAAUAAUUCACAAUCUCUCAUCUUUCCUCCACAGUCGCUUGUUUUUUGGUCAUUCCACUGCAAAAAAAAUUAAAUAAAUAAAUAUAUAAAUAAGAGCAUUUUUCCUCGAGGGGAAAAAAAAAAAAAAAAGAGCGAACGAGCGAGCCAGAGAGGGAAACGAACGCUUAAGGAAGGAAGGAAGGAGCAAAAGAAAGAGAUGUGUCUAAAUGCCCGGAGGAGUGAAGGAAUGCUGCUAACAGAUCUCUGAGAGUUUACCUUUACUUGCUGUUCGAAGGCAUCUUUCCGAAUUCACUGCCUUUAAGUUUUUCCUCCUUUGUUUUUCGAUGUUACACAUACCAGUAAAAUACCUGAAUAUCCAACCGUAGAGAUCACAAAAGGGGGCUUAAAUGUAAACCUAAAGAAACAAAAAAACAACAGCAAAAUGAUUUUGAAAAAAGAGCCUUGAUUUUAAAAGAGAAGAAAAAUGUAAUUUAAAAAAAGUUUAUUAUAAAGUCAAUUCAGCAAAAAAAAUAACAAAAAAAAGAUUUGCUACAAAGUAUAGACAGACGUAUAAAAUAAAAAUUAUUGUUUGAAAUGAGGCUGUCGUCCUUUUUAUAAAAUACGCCUGGAGUAUCUUGAAAAGGACAGGGCUUUUGAGGCAAGAAAGGCUAAAUCCCGAACUGAUCCCUUGAUGAACGUGGCAAUUUCAGUUCAAACAAGGACAGAGCGUCUGAAGCGGUUAGUCUGAGCCUUCCUUCCCCCCCCAUGUCUUUCUUUCAAAAAACGCUAUAAAUCCUGCCCCCCUCCUCCCUUUUCUCCCGAAGCCUCUGAAGGCAGCACCCCCGUUUCCCAGCUGCCCGGAGCAGUCCCGCGGGUGCGGAGCAGCGCGGAGGGAGGAGGGCAGCUACCACCAUUAAGGAGGAGGAGGCUGCGGAGCUGGAGCCGGAGCGCAGAGCAGCCCUUUCAUAAUUAAUAAGGCAGCUCAGCCGAAGAAGCAAGGGAAAAGUGGGGACGGGGUAUUGAUUUCGCAGCAGAAGCUGCUCUAACCUCGGCUAUUUAUAGGCGCCUGAUGCCUUUAUAAAGAAAUACACACCAAAGAGUAAACACGUCUUUUUACUUAUAAGGCGAGAGCCCAGCUGGCGACCGGGGGUGGGUGGAUGAGUGGGUGAUGGGGAGGUAGGGGCCGGGAAAUAGUUUGAGGUGAUUUAUUCCGGUGGGGAGCCUGUGCAAUAGUUCUCCUUCGCCAACGUCUAGGGUGGCAGGGUCUCUCUAUCCUUCGCCCCCUCUCCCCUCUCCCUGCUCCUUCUCCUUCCCGAGGUCCGCAAUGUAAUGUGUAAGCAAUAGCAAAUGUAACAGUUCAUAAAUCAAACAGUGGGUCGCAAGCCAAUCUGCAUUUCCCAAACGGAUUGAAUCCCAGCAACGAAUGCGCUCAGGAACUGGAGCCAGGCGCCUUUACCACUAGAAGCAAUGUUGAUUUUUUAAUGAUAAAAUACAUUAUGUGUGUGUUGGGGCAGGGGGGCUUUGCAGAGCUCAGCCUCACUUCGGCAGACACAGGUCUGCUAGCAUCUCGUUUUCCUUUGCCCUCCCUCUAGACUCAAUCCCUACCACCACAGAAAAAGGAAAACCCUGGAGAGCAGAGCUUUGUUUAAAUGGUUUGGGUUAUUUUCCCUCCCCACAGAGGAUCUAGACCUAAAUUGAUUUUUCUGUGCACAUCUCUAUAUACAUGAGGUCAGGCACUGCUGUUACGAUUUCUUCUAGCACAAAUUGCCAGCUGCCGAGGAGAGAGAAGGGACAGAGAGCCCUUGCUGGGGUGCGAGGGGCUCGAGGGACCCUUUGCCUGCGGCGCUUCGCGAAACCAUCUCAUUUACUCUUCUCGGUGGAGAAUAGCACCGAUUCCUUUAACCUCUAGGCAAAUGCAGCUAUUGUAUUAUUAUUAUUAUUAUUAUUAUUAUUAUUAUUAUUAUUAUUAUCAUCAUCAUCAUCAUCAUCUAACAGGUCGCCGAUAAGGACAUUCAAUAGUGCCAGAGAUUCACGGUUACCUCAAAUGUUUUCACGCUUGCUUGUAGCUAGCUGGAGCCACCAUGGAGGAGGUGGCAAAGCAACACUUCUCAGCCUACUUUGCUCCUCGGGAGUGAUCCAGAGGCGAUCCCCGUCUUCCUGGCUGUCAGACUGUGCCCCUCCGUCGGAGGACGGUGGGAAGGGAGCCUCCCAGCCUUUCCUCACCCCUCGGAGGAUGGUGGGAAGGGAGCCUCCCAGCUUCUCCUCACCCCUCUGUAGAAGGCUGAAACUCUGUAAUAAGGGGGCGAUUUCAAGCUCAUUACUGGAGUCGAGUUAACCUCGCGUGAGGUUGAAUUACUGAUGGAUAAUCUCUCCGUAAUUAGCACAUCCCUCAACUGGCCCUCCGUGGAGGCGAAUGAUAAAACGGUGGCAAACAGCCGAGCGGGUCGGGAGGGAGCCCGGUGAUGGCAGUGGCUGUGCUUGGGCAUCUCCCAUCCUGCUGAACCAUGGACACCUUCCCUGGAGUCUGCCGUCUUGGGCUUCUAAUGGCCAGGCAGAUCAGCCGGCAUCCCGGGUGAAACCUUGCUUUGCGCUCCUGGGAUUUCCCGGAGGGAAAGCAGCAAACCCCAGGUGCCCCCGGGCAACCAGCAAGCGAGGCUCAACCCGCCGCCAGCUCAGUGUUUUCUUCGGGAAGCACAACCAACCAACGAACUCCCUCCCUUCCUUCGUUUUCUUCAUUUUAUAGGAGCCCUUCCGUGUGUAAGGUAUUGUUUUCCCCCCUUUCAAGUGUUAUUUCUGAAGCCUGAGUGCAAUAGUAGAUUAUUAUUAUUAUUAUUAUUAUUUUUUAAAAGCCAGCGAUGAUUGCUCUGUCGCGCCUUGUUUUGUGGCCAAGGAAACAUGAGCUCUCCCCUGAGUCCCAGAAAGGGACUGAGCGUCCUCGGUUUGCCUUCUGUCGCCUUGCACCUGUAGGUUUGUAAGGGCUGGCAGGAGAGGGCUCCGAGGGGACGCUGGGUUGUCGCUUGCCGGGCUGAUGCCGCUGCCCGGGGCACCUUUAAGCAAAAGCUAAAGAGGUUCAAGCUUCUGAAUACCCCUUAACUCCUGGGAAAACGUGAGAUGGUGAACUGGGGGAGGAAAAAAAUGCAACAGGAAAGCAUUCAAACGUCAACAGGAACCACAGUAAAAUUAUCACCUACUUAAAGCAAAAAUACGAACACACGUAUGAAAAAAAAAAGCCCAAACAGAUCAACAGCGGAAAUAAACCCGCAGCUGAAACAAAAAAAGCAAGCCAGUGCCUUUCUACCUGGCUGGAUAAUCAAGGAGAGUUGCAGCCAUUGCGGCUCUGCCUGCCCUAAUUCCUGUCCCUAGCUCUGACUGAGCAACCGCAGCCCCGCAGUCCCCGGAGGGCAGCAGAAAGCUGGCUCCUUCCUUCCCCGUCAGAACUGGAUGAACCCGUGCUUGGCAAAAGGCUGCUCUCUGUCAGCCUCCACCUUUUGGCAGCCUGGCUCAGGUCUGGAGAGAGGGCAGUGCGUUGCCUGGGCUGCCCUCGGACACUGCGAGACUGCACCAGCACUGAGCUA